AACUACUUGAGAUAUAAAAUAGUUACUUCGUUGGUUCGUGGUGUAUAAAAUAUACUGAACAUCCGAAUAUCGUCACAACUGACAACAAAAAUAAUAUCUAGAAUUCUCCGAUAAACCGGCUCUUUAUCCCAGUGUUAUUCCCACUACCGCCGAAUAAUAAUCCAAUCCUUGUCGGAUCCAUUGGUCGAUCAGACAGUUAUUAAAUUUUAGUUGCCUUCCUACCGUAGCUGAGGUCGAUUAUUCAUUAGAAAUGGCUCCUAUUCUUUAUAUGCUACCUGCAAGUCCACCAGUCAGGGCGGUGUUGAUGACAGCAAAAUGUUUAAAUAUAGAAUUGGAACAAAAAGAAUGUAAUGUUCUUGCAGGCGAUCAAUAUAAGGAAGAAUAUUUGAAGCUCAAUCCAGCUCACACAGUGCCAACACUGGUGGAUGAUGGAGUCGUUAUAUGGGAAAGCGCAGCAAUAAUGGGUUAUCUUGUUGGAAAAUAUGGAAAAGACGACUCUCUCUACCCAAAGGAUGUUAGUAAACGUGCUGUUAUCGACCAACUGUUGCAUUUCAGUACUUCUUCAUUCACACGUCUUCUCAUACUUAUGAAACCAAUAACAAUUGGGGGCAACAAAAAAUCAACUCUGCUUGAGAAUCCACAAGUGGAUAGUUUGUUUCAUAACCUUGAUAUCCUGGAAACAAUUUUGGGAGAUAAGAAAUACCUAACUGGGGACAAUCUUACCAUAGCAGACCUGUCUUUCUUGUCAUGGAUUUCAACGAUUGAUAUCUCACUCAAAAUUCCAGAAGACAGAUUUCCAAAAAUCUUGGCAUGGUGGAAGGAACUAGAAAAAUUACCUUGUUAUGAGAUCAAUCGCAAAGGAGUGGCACAAUUUGAGGCCAUGUGGGCUUCUAAGGAAUGAAUACAUAACAGUCAUUACACUAAAAGAUUUCACAAUAGCUAUAAAGUGCCAUGAUAGAUAAUGAAAUAAAUUUUUUUUCUAUAUAUAUAUAUAUAUAUACGUUUUUUCAGAC